UCAUGACGGUCUCCUCUGUUUUCUCCUUUACCAUCUUCCUUUUUCUCUCACUUGCAUCUCCAACAAUCUCAGAUUCAUCAUCGGACAGUCUACAGACCUUCAUUGUCCACGUGGCGAGAUCACAUAAGCCUUCUUUGUUCUCCACACACCAGCAAUGGUAUGCCUCCAUUAUCCACUCCCUUCCUCCCUCCUCGCACCCAGCCAAGAUCCUUUACACUUAUGAGCGUGCCAUGAAUGGCUUCUCUGCUCAGCUCACCAAUGCACAAGUAGCCAAACUGCGUCACCUCCCUAGCAUCCUCUCCGUCCUCCCUGACAAAAUUCGCCAACUCCAAAUCACUCACACGCCUAAGUUUCUAGGACUUACUGAUGAUUACGGCCUUUGGAAGAGCUCCAAUCAUGGUGAUGAUGUCAUAAUAGGGGUGUUGGACACCGGAAUAUGGCCCGAACACCCGAGUUUUUCGGACUCUGGUUUGUCCCCUGUUCCGGAUAGGUGGAAAGGUAUAUGCGAGACGGUUCCUGACUUCCCAGCAUCAGCUUGCAAUCGAAAGAUCAUCGGUGCUAGAAUCUUUAAUAAAGGCUUGGUAUCUAAUCUUGGAAGGCAUAUAGAUGUUUCAGAGAGGCUAAAUUCACCGAGAGAUGACAAUGGUCAUGGCUCACACUGUGCAUCUACUGCAGCUGGUUCCGUGGUUCCUAAUGCGAGCUUCUAUGAAUAUGCAUAUGGCGAAGCUCAUGGAAUGGCCGCUAGAGCCCGUAUUGCUGUCUAUAAAGUAUGCUGGAGCACAGGUUGUUUUGACACUGAUUUGCUUGCUGCAAUAGAUCAAGCAAUCGCGGAUGGUGUCGACGUGAUUUCUUUAUCUGUUGGAGCUGACUAUGCUAAUCCCUAUGAUCAGGAUCCUAUAGCCAUAGGAGCUUUUGGUGCUGCAGAACAUGGUGUUGUUGUUUCAUGUGCUGCUGGGAACUCUGGUCCUGGACCAUACACAGCUGUUAAUACUGCACCUUGGAUUUUAACAGUCGGAGCUUCCACCAUUGACAGAGAGUUUCCAGCUGAUGCAGCCCUUGGAAAUGGAGAAAUAUUAAAUGGUGUUUCCUUGUAUUCUGGAAAUCCUCUUCCCGAUUUCAAGCUUCCUUUAGUGUAUGCUGGGGAUUGCGGAAGUCAGUUUUGUUAUGGAAGGGGGCAGCUUGAUCCAUUAAAAGUUGAAGGGAAGAUUGUGUUAUGUGAUUAUGGAGAUGCAAGGAAUGAUUUGGAGAAUAAAGUUGAGAAGGAAGAUGCAGUGAAACUUGCCGGUGGGUUGGGAAUGAUACUUGCACUUGCAAAUGGAUAUGGAGAAAUACUUACUGCAUCAACUUAUCUUAUACCGACAACCAUGGUAGGGGAAAUUGCAGGCAACAAAAUUCGAGAGUAUAUCAGAUCAGAUGAAAAUCCAACAGCGACAAUCGCAUUUCGUGGAACGGUAAUCGGAACUUCUUCACCACCAGCUCCCAAGGUUGCAAUUUUUUCAAGUCGUGGUCCAAAUAUGAUAACACCAGAGAUCCUUACGCCGGACGUUAUAGCUCCUGGUGUUCAAAUCUUAGCCGCUUGGACUGGUGAUGACGGACCUUCUGGUUUCAAUAUAAUAUCUGGCACUUCAAUGGCUUGCCCACAUGUUAGUGGUAUUGCUGGUUUAUUGAGAAAUGCAUAUCCCAGUUGGUCCCCUGCUGUUGUGAAGUCAGCUUUGAUGACUACUACUUUCAAUGUAGACAACUCCGAGAAGAACAUUAUAGAUCUUUUUACUGGUGAAGAAUCAACACCUUUUAUCCAUGGAGCAGGACAUAUUGAUCCUAACAGAGCUCUAAAUCCAGGAUUGGUUUACGAUCUUGAUUCAAGUGACUACAUUGCUUUCUUAUGUUCAAUCGGAUACAAUGAAACACAAAUUUCAGUUUUCACGAGGGAGCCAGCCGGAUCAGAGGUAUGUGUAAAGAAAUUAGCUAAUCCUGGCGAUCUCAACUAUCCAUCAUUCUCCGUAGUUUUUGAAUCUGAUUGGGAUAAAGUUAGAUAUAAACGGAUAGUGAAGAAUGUUGGUAGUUCAGCUGGUGCAGUCUACAAAGUUAAAGUGAACGCCCCAGAAAAUGUUGAUGUUCGCGUCUCGCCGAAGAAGCUAGUGUUCAAUGCAGUAAACCAAGCACUCUCCUACAAUAUUAGAUUCACAAGUUUUAAGUGGGCUUCUUUAAAAAAGAGCUCAGCAAGUUUUGGUUCAAUUGAGUGGAGCGAUGGAGUUCACAAAGUGAGAAGUCCUAUUGCUGUUAGGUGGAGUGAAGGACCAAAAGCUUCCAUUUAAUGUCUCAAGUACUCGAUGUGUGUUUUCUUCAAUUUAGUAGAUCACUCUCUGGCCUUUCAUUCGCUAGAUUUCUAUUUGGUGUCAUGAACGGAUGUUACAUUCCUGAAGUAAAAUAAAGCUGACCUUUUUGAAGUAUUUUAGAGCAGCUCUCUCUCUUUUUCUUUUUUUAAUCGAAAC